GGUUAUUUAUAGUCAACUAUUAUAUGGAAUAAUAAAUGCUGUAUAAAUUACUUCUAAUUUGUAUAUUUAAUUAUAUAUAUGCUCAAAUUGAUUAUAGCGAUGAGAGAUUAAAUCGUUUCAAACGUAUAAUUGGUGGACAAUCUGUUCCACGUGGUACGUAUCCAUGGGCAGCAUCAAUUCAAGCUAAACGACAUACAUUGUGGUCAACAUUAGUUACAGGAUCCGAACAACACUACUGUGGUGCAGCUUUAAUUAAACCUGAUUGGAUAAUUACAGCAGCGCAUUGUUUAUACGACAGUGGAGAAGAUGACGAAAUUAUCAGCUAUCUACAUCCAAAAAUGUGGCAUGUACGAAUGGCAACUGAAAAACUAAGUCCUGGAAUCUUAGAACGUUUAAAAGGUGCUUUCAAUCGAGUCUUCAAUUCCAUUUUUGGACAUGUUAAACUUCAAACAUUUUAUCAUGUAGAAGAAAUAUUUCAUCAUCCAAAAUAUGAGCCUGGAAAUUUGGAGUAUGAUAUUGCUUUAUUUAAACUCAAAGAAACUCCAGUUUUGUGGAAAAUCAAUCAUUUAGAUUUAAUAGAAUUGCCGGAUAAAAAAAUUGGCGAGGAAUGGCCUAAACCUAAUCAGAAAUGUGUAGCUGUUGGUUGGGGAUGUAGUUUUGUCGACGGGCCACCAACACUGAAAAUUCAAGCUGUAGAACUUCCAAUUCUACAAUCAAAAACAUGCAUGUCAAUGUAUUCAGCCUAUAUUAAUUUAACGGAAGAACAUGAAUUCUGUGCAGGUUACCAUAACUUUGGUAAAGGUGUAUGUCCACGGAUGAUAGUAUUUUCAUUCACUUACCUGAUGAUCUCAUCACACUAUAUCGAGGUGAAGCGUGGCAACUUAAAUAUAUACAUGUAUUUGUUCCAGUUACCAAAUUAUCUAUGCACAAACACCUAGAAAAUCAAACAGUCGUGCCAACAGAUUAUAAUUUCUCUACGGUUGUGGUCCUAAAGCUUCUAUCAAAUAAAUAUAAUGCUUCAGAGACCAGAUAAUAGGCUUCUUGAAAAAUUACCAAUUCUUUUAGAUUGCUUGAUGAUCCCAUUUAGUAAUUAUUAUUACUUUCAGACUAGUUUCUCAAAUGUACUUUAAUAACUAUCAACCACUGCUGAUUGUCUUUGCCACUGUUCGUUUAUAAAGUCAGUUAGCAUUUCGUUCGUUUUUUUUUGUACUUGGAUCCAGUUGUAGGUUGAUAUUUUGAUUGGCUUAACUAGCAUCAUUUGUAUAGACAGGGGAGACCAAAUCAAGAUGUAACAUCAGAUUAUAGAGUCAGUCAUUGUCAGUCUGAGGCAUGUUGGUAGAUCCAGACUACUAGACUGGAGUUCGGUCAGUAACCACAACCAGUGGUUGGAGUUACUCAUAGUGGUGUAUAUGAACUCACUUUUCAUCUUCCUCUAGAUCUUGAGUCUCAGUAUUCCUUUGUGCAUACCUUUUCAGUACGCUUUCUUGAACCAUACUCUUAAUACUUAAUAAUCUUUAGUAUCAUUGAUACUACGAUUAUUUCGACUAUUUAUCUUGUCAAUUUCAACUUGUCAUGCUAAUAUGGUACGUCAACUCAAGCUAAUGCAAAUUUUUGUAAGCAUCUACUCAGAUUAUGACUGAUCUGUGUAGGUUCCAUUUCAGUCGGAGCUUUAUUUUGUGAAAAAAAGUUCGUAAAGAUGAUAUGAUUUCAUAACAAUCGUGGGUAUUAGCUUAGAGGAACGUCCUCACAAGCUGUUCGAAAAGCUUUAUCAAAGCCAAGGAUUAGUUUUAGCUACACUAGGGUCAAUUGAAGAAAAUCAUAGAACUCCAGUCCUAUCGAAAAAUUUGUUUAAGUUUUUGAAAAUCUAACUAUACUAAUCGACUUUUAGGGUGAAGGUUUUAUAGAAUAAGUUAUGAUUUCUGGGAAACUACACUGAAAGCGAGAAAUUUCCUCAAAAUUAUUUCAAUCCCUCUGUUGUAAAAGAUAUCGAUCAAAACCUUUAAGAGAAAAAGUCACUACACGUUAAAGUUCAUCGAUGAAAUCCGAACCAAUUGUCUGAGUUGGGCAGAAACGUAGCAUGAAAACUGUAUUCAUUAGGUGUAGCAUUUUCAUUUACAAAAAUAAUAUGAGAACAUAUUCCUUCAUGAAGGCUAUGUGAAUGUGUUAUUUGUUAUAAUAGCCCACCGGAAUUGAUAAAGUUGUAACUGGAAUGACUGAGGUGACCGGAGUGAUAAUCUGAUCAUUGGUACAAUCUCUGAAUCAUAACUGAGUAGACUUCAGGAGAUAGAAACACUAAAUGAAAUUUAUAAAUCUUUAUUAGAAAACCAUGUUUGUGGUUAACAUAUAGAUUAUUCAACCAAAUUACUACGACUGUUUAUUUGUCAACUAACCAAUGAUAAUCAAGUGUAAAAUUCAAGAUCAUAGGACAAACCAUUGAUUAUUCAGUUUUGAAUGCCAUGACCACAUUAAUUAAUCUUUAAAAAAACUAUCUUUUAGGGUGACAGUGGUGGACCAUUGGUCUGUGAAGAUGAUGGUGAAUACAGAUUAGCUGGUAUUGUUUCAGCAACACACUCCAAACUGCCCGCUGAUUAUCCGGCAAUAUUCACACGCGUUUCUUACUUCGCCAAAUGGAUAAAUGACGUAAUCAGGGAGAACGGAUAUAAGAAAAAACCGAAUGGUCUAUUUUCAUUUUUAAAACUGCAUAACUGAAAAUUACUAUUAUUUUUCACUUCUGUUAUUACAUGUUAAUUUCCCUUUAAACAAAAGAAAUUAGAUAUUAGUUGUUAAGCAAUGAAAACAAUGACUCUUGAUCUACACUGUGCUAGGAAGUUGACAAGUUAGGUAUUAAAGGAGUUCAGAUAAUCAUGGUAUCUGUGAUAGUGUGAAAAACUACGUUAAGAUUCUCUGUCUUUUGGAGACAACAUCGAUCGAUGUCACAAGACUUAUAGAGUACUGGUUAGUGAUACCUACUAUUCGAAUUAGGACCCUCGAACUUAUACCAUGUAGUUUAGAGGAUGGUUUCAGGGAAUCUGGGAUAGAAUUUUUUGAACUCGAACCAUUAGUGUUGAUGAUACGUGUGGAAGAAUUUGAAGACAGAUAAGGAUG